CUAAUCGAAACGAUUUAUUACUUGACUCGAACUUGGGCGACACUACCGGACGCCUCUAACCCCCUUCCCACAAAACCUUGCUGGCUCCAUACACUGGACGAAACACGCGUGUUUUUCACACUCGUUGUCUCCGUCUUUUUUUUCCUCUUCGAUAUUCUCUUUGAUAUCCUCAUUCCUCGGCUUGGCUGGGAUAUCUUUUUAUUUAUCAUCACGGAAGACAGUUCAGAAAGGAAGAAAGAAAGAAAGAAAGAAAGGGGAAUAGAGCAAGAGUUGGAAUAUAACACUAGUUGUUAAAGAAAAAAGAUGGGCUUCUUUCGUCGUUCGCUGAGUUUCAGCUCUUCACGCUCUUCGCGCCAGGAGACAGAUGACUCUUCUGCAUCCGACACAGCUAGUUCGAGGACGAGUAUAGAUUCGGCUUUCCAGCACGAGGUUUCCGAGUCCCUGGCUACUAUUACCAAGGCUCCUCCUCCUUCACUGCAAAAGGCACCGAUUCUCACGCUUCCGCUCGAACUCAUCCAGCAGGUCAACACACACCUCGACACUGCGUCUGCAGCCGCCUUUUGUCUGUCCAGCCGCUUCAUCUACUAUGCUCUCGGCACAAACAUGCUCUCGGGCUACUUCGAAGCAAGCAAGAACCGGUUCGAGAAGCGGCGGAGUAUCGAGGCCGUUGUGGAACGCGCAUUUCCCGGUCACUGGUUCUGCGGCUGGUGCGAUAGAUUCCACGCUUGGAGCGCAGACGACGGUCCAACAGCCCCCCUUUCAGCUCGAGGCAAACAGCGAGAAUGCGCAGACUUUAACAGUUAUCUCCAUGCUGGCAGCGACUAUGCACUCCGCUACCACCACAUCCGGCUUGCUAUCAACCGCUCGCAGCUCGGCCCUGAACACGGUAUCCCGCUCUCAGCAUUCUCCCACGAGCACAAGGCCAUGGCCAAGCUCUUCAAAACCCCGGUACCAACGAAACUCCAAAUCUCAGCCAAGAUAGCCAAAGGCAGAUUCCUCCUCCACACCUCCUACGCCAUUAUCCUGCCGGCCUUUGCAACCCGCAACCGCAACCUGCUCAGCGCGCUGUGGCCACUGUUCCCCCACAUCCUCGUCGGCCACCGGGCGAGCGAAAACGGGCAUACGGGCCUCAUGGCGGCCGUCGACAACGUGGUGCGGCGCGGGUGGAAAUACCAAUUUACGCAGAACUGCGCCAUGUGCGCUACAGACUGGGCCGUUUCCGCACAGCAGUUCUCCCACGCAACCGGCAGCCAGAUGCGGCUUGUGGUGCAGACGUGGCGCGAUGUCGGGUCUGCGCGGACGCCCUUCGAAACCGCCUGGCGUGCUCACGGCGUGUGUGUCAGCGAGAUAGCAGGGAAAUCUUCGUCGUCGUCGUCGGCAUCCACAUCAACCUGUCUGCUGCAAAUGGCGGGGCUCCAACCAGGUUCUAUCCGGCGGACCUUUGACUCCGCCGUCGCACCAGCCAACGACCUACUACACGACUCACCUCAACCCCGCACACGAAGCACCUCGAAACCGCGCAUCUACCGCUCCUUCAUGCGCCGCGGUACACAUCAACCAGACUCGUACGAUCACGACGAAGAUCACGACGACGAUCACGUUAUCGCUGUGCGUCGCUCGCGCGCCCGCCCCAGCUACGCUCGCACCAAAGAGGAAAACGACGAGGCGGCUCGCAUCUUCGACGACGAAAUGCGUGAUGCAGCGAGGAAUGUCGCUGAGCGGACGGCGAGGAUGGAGGUGUUGAGGCUGCAAAGAGGAGGGAGGAGGUGGUUGUUUUAUUAAAUCAGUAGUGCGAAGAUGAAAAGGCGGGGUAAGUUUAGUAAGUAAGUAAGUCAAGUGUCUUU